AUGGUCAGCCGGCCCACUUCCACUAGCCCAAUCGCAUCCACAUAUCGCCCCCGCCCCAACCCAGUUGGUCUCGUCGCCGCCGAAGCGACAGUAAGUCGCCCGUCGUGCGCCACGCCUGUACUCACGGUGACAAUCUCCAUGUCGUGUGGAGUUGUAGAUGAAGACGAUGAAGAAGAACGUCGCCGAGAUGAGCACUGGCUGAAAAGAAAUGAAGAUGAAAGGCCAGGGCCCGGGGGCUCUUUCGAUAGCCUGAGGGAGAAGAGAGGUAUGGGGGGAGGAAAAGAGACGAGUCAGAGUGUUGGCGGUGGCCAGCCGAAGUUGAACUUACAUCCGAUUACAUUACCGGUGGGUAAGGUCCAGAAAGAAGAGGUGGCCGGCAUG